AUGGCCCCCCUCCGUUUGCGCAUCGACGGGCGCACGUUCCGAGACGGCGAGAACCGCGAGGUGACGCUUCAUGGUAUCAACUGCGCUGCCGACGCAAAGUUCCCCGCCACACCCGACCAACCUUCGCAUAUUGCCGACAAAUUCUUCGACGGCGACAACGUCUCUUUUGUUAACAGACCGUUCUCUGUGGAAGACGCUGCUACGCACUUCGCACGAUUACGUAGCUGGGGCUACAACACUAUAAGAUACAUCUUUACAUGGGAGGCAAUAGAACACGCAGGACCAGGACGGUACGACGAAGAGUGGAUACAGCAUACCAUCACUAUCUUGCGUAAAGCAAAAGACUAUGGCUUCUAUAUUUUCAUGGAUCCCCAUCAGGAUGUUUGGUCAAGAUUCUCAGGGGGCUCAGGCGCACCCAUGUGGACUCUCUAUGCCUGCGGACUAGAUCCGACCUCUUUCGACGUUACCGAAGCUGCCCUCGUUCAGAAUGUAUACCCAGAACCUGAAAACUACCCCAAAAUGAUAUGGGCAACGAACUAUACGAGGCUCGUCUGUCAGGUCGUCUUUACAUUGUUCUUCGCCGGAAGGGAUUUUGCCCCCAAGGCCAUCAUUGACGGCAAGAACAUCCAGGACUACCUCCAGGACCACUUUAUCGGCGCGGUGGAGCAUCUUGCGAAGCGCAUCAACGAGGCCGGCGAUCUUUGGCACGACCCAAUUAUUGGCUUCGAGAGCAUGAAUGAGCCAAAUCGCGGCAUGAUCGGCUACCAGGAUAUCUCCGUUAUCCCAAGUGAACAGAAGUUGCAAAAGGGAACCUCGCCCACUGCGUGGCAAGCCAUACUUACCGGAUCGGGCAAUGCUUGCGAAAUAGACACAUGGGACUUCGGUGGCUUGGGGCCCUACAAGUCCGGCAGUCAAUUAGUCGAUCCGGAAGGAAAGUCUGCGUGGCUUCCGUCAAGUUACGAUGAUACGAAAUACGGCUGGAAACGCGAUCCCGGGUGGCGGUUGGGCGAGUGCUUAUGGGCGCAGCAUGGCAUCUGGGACCCGGCCACCAACACCCUUCUGAAGAAGGACUAUUUUGCGAAGGACCCCCGAGAUGGAGCCACGAUUGACUAUGAGUACUUUAACAGUCAUUGGUUCCUGGACCAUUGGCGGCGGUACAGCAAGAUGGUCAAGGCAAUAUUCCCGGAUUCGCUGAUGUUUCUACAAGCUCCAGUCCUCGAAAUACCGCCAUCGAUCAAAGGUACUGAGGAUGACGAUGCCAACAUAGUCUUCUGUCCUCAUUUCUACGAUGGCAUCACGCUACUGACCAAGAAAUGGAAUCGUGUGUGGAACAUUGAUGUCUUCGGAGUACUACGAGGGAAAUAUCUCACUCCGGCAUUCGCAAUAAAGAUUGGAGAGAAUGCGAUCCGAAACUGCUUUGCACAUCAGCUGACCGCUAUAAGAGAAGAAGCAACCGAGAAGAUGGGUAUUCAUCCUUGUUUGUUCUCAGAAAUCGGCAUUCCCUACGAUAUGGACGACAAGUUUGCAUAUAAGACGGGAAAUUAUAGCAGUCAAAUCGCAGCCCUGGAUGCCAACCACUUCGCACUAGAACAAAGCCACGCAAAUGGAUUUGCCUUGUGGUGCUACACCGUCAAUAACAAUCACUUUUGGGGCGAUCAGUGGAAUGGUGAAGAUCUUUCCAUCUACUCAAAGGACGACAAACCUGUGCCAAACGCAGGCUCCUUCUCAGAGGCACAAUCUCGCGCAUCUCUUGAUGUCAACUCACCCUCGUAUUCAAGAGCACAGUCAGCGGAGACGCUCAACGUGGAUCCUGGUAAUCUCAGGAAGUCACUAUCAGUAGACCGCAUGAGCUCCAAGUCCGGAAAUGGUGAUGUGAGGGGUCUUCGCGCUGCGGAAGCGUUCAUACGUCCGACACCAAUCGUCACGCACGGCGACCUUACAUCCUACGGCUUCGACCUGAAGAAUGCCACCUUCAAGUUGGCGCUCUCAGCAUUAAGCUCCACGCCAGACGACGCGCCAACCACUGUGUAUCUCCCAGAAUUCCACUUCCCAACUUCAACAGUGGAAGUCAGCGGGGGCAAGUGGAGCAUCGCCUCUGAAGAACACAACGGUGCAGUGCAGCAAAUAUUGAAAUGGUGGCAUGCGGAGGGUGACCAGUCGAUGACGGUCAAAGGGGUAGUGCGCAAACAGGGAGGCGCACUAUCCACCGAAGAGGACGAGGGCUACCUCCAACAGUGCCAGAAGCAGGCGUGUGUUAUCAUGUAA